AUGGCACCAGCGGGGAGACGGCGACCAUCGUGGGACAGUGCGGCGGCGACGACCUCGGGUUCCAGGCCUCGGCGGUCAAGGAGUGCCACGCCUCGACCCAGACGCCGCUCAUGUUGCGCCACUUCGACGGUGUCGACGGCCACGCGAUGGACAAGGCGGAUGAGUGGGACUUCGAGCAGGAGUACUUCCCUGACCUUCCUCCUGUCGGUCUUCGGGGUGCUGGGGAGGGUCUUGACGGUCUUCAUGGUGCUGGGGGUCUUCGGGGCGCUUGGGAUCCUCCUGGCGAUCUUCGUGAUGCUGGGGAUCUCCCUGACGGUCCCUGGGAUGCUGAGGAUCUUCGUGGUGGCGUUGAUCUUCCUGACGGUUCUCACGGCGAUGGGGAGCCUUGCCGUGCUGGCGAUCUUCCGGACGAUCUUCGGGGUGCUGGGGAUCUUCGUGGUGAUCUUCGUGGUGCGGGGGUUCUUCAGGGCACGGGCGAUCUUCCUGACGAUCUUCGUGGUGCUGGUGCUAUUCCUGGCGGUCCUCGUGAUGCUGGGGAUCUUCCUGCCGACCCUCGCGGAGGGUGUGGUCUUCCUGACGAUCUUCAGAGCGCUGGGGAUUGCCGCGGUCUUCGUGAUGCUAGGGAUCUUCCAGACGAUCCUUGUGGUGGGCGUGGUCUUCCUGACGUUCUUCAGGGCGCUGGGGAUCGUCCUGGCGGUCCUCGUGGUGCUGGGGAUCUUCCUGACGAUCCUCGUGGUGAGGGUGAUCUUCCUGACGAUCUUCGCCGUGCUGGGGAUCUUCCUGGCGAUCUUCGUGAUGCGGGGGACCCUCUUCCUGCUGGCCUUCCCGGUGGCGGAGACCUCCCUGGUGUUUUACGUGGUGCUGGGGAUCUUCCUGACAAACUUCGUGGUGCUGGGGGUCUGCCUGGUGCUCCUCGGGGUGCUGUCGAUCUUUCUGACGAUAUUCCUGAAGCUGGGGACCCUGUGGAUGAUUUUCGUGGUGCGGUCGAUCCGUCUGCUGCUCAUGGUGCAGGUUACCCUCCUGUGGACGACCUCCCUGCCGAUAUCUUGGCUAUCAUGGCUGAGGCCGAUGCGUUCGUUCCAAACGAGCUGCUGCAGAAGUACCACCCGAACCUCACGGAGGAGGCUGUGA